AUGAAGAAGGUCAGGCACCCCAAUGUGGUUCAGUUUGUUGGAGCUGUCACCCAAAAUGUGCCCAUGAUGAUUGUUUCAGAGUAUCAUCCAAGAGGAGAUCUAGCAAGCUAUCUUCAAAAGAAAGGGCGGCUGUCUCCAUCUAAAGCUCUUAAAUUUUCCAUUGACAUAGCAAGGCAUAGAUAUGUCUCCUUUCACUAUCCAAAUAAGGGCAUGAAUUAUCUUCAUGGAUGCAAACCAGACCCCAUUAUGCACUGUGACUUAAAGCCCAAGUGCCAGAAACAUUUUGCUGGACUCUGGAGGACUGUUGAAGGUUUAUAUGUGGCACCUGAGAUAUAUAAAGAUGAAAUAUUUGACAGAAGUGUGGAUGUGUACUCUUUUGGUCUUAUUCUUUAUGAGAUGGUUGAGGGAGUCCAGCCAUUCCACAACAAGUCCCCUGAAGAAGCCGCUAAAUUGAUGUGUUUGACAGAUAGGAGGCCACUGCUCAAGACAAAAUCUAAACAUUAUCCUACACAACUGAAAGAGGUGGAUGUGAUGAUGGAUGGAGAGAGGUUAAUUGAGAAAUGUUGGCACCCAGAUUCAGCUGCAAGACCAAGUUUUUAUGAUAUCAUCAUACAGUUGAACAAAAUAGUUGCAAACUGCUCCAAGCAUGGAUGGUGGAAAGACACCUUUAAGCUUCCCUGGAAAUUAGAAGCACAGAGAUGCUUGAUAUAUAUAAUAGGGAAAAAGGCUUUAAUAAGGUAA